UUAAAAGGGGAAUUAACUCCUAGGUUUUACUUGGGUAGAAGUACCUUUUUUUUGGUCUACUUUGGAUAGUUUUCACAAACUUUUACAUUUCUUUCUGAGAAUAAGAAUAGUUAUUGGCCAUGGCAGAGAGGAAACUUAUCCCAAGAGAUAGUGACGAUGAAGGGUCGUUACUGUCUAGACUGGGGACAGACAGCCCGAAACCCAGAGUAAAAUUCGGCGGCAUGUUCUGCAACGUGGAAGGCGCUUAUGAGAAUAAAACUUUAAAUUUCGAGUCGUACAACAGCAGCCCCCAAUCUGUGAGACGGCAUGUUAAGAUUAAGAACGAGGAGAAAUGCUGGUCGGAUACUUUCAGUGACACGGGGAGUGUGAGUAACUUCUCGUCAGUCAGUGAGACCAGACCAAGUGGAGACAGAGCUGUUGGGUCCGAAACCGGCUCCUCCCGGGGUCAAAUCGUUUACCAGACUGGACCUGGACACAACCGUGAGCACAGUGGAAAACGGGAGACUGAUCGCCUCAUUAUCAAAGGAGGAAAGAUCGUUAAUGACGACCAGUCUUUCUACGCAGACAUCUAUGUGGAGGAUGGCACCAUCAAGCAGAUUGGUGAGAACCUUUUAGUUCCAGGAGGGGUGAAGACGGUUGAUGCCUACGGACACAUCGUGAUCCCCGGGGGCGUCGACGUGAACACCAGCCUCCAGACCUCCCAGCUGGGCAUGAGCCCUUCAGAUGACUUCUACCACGGGACCAAGGCUGCCCUGGCAGGGGGAACCACCAUGAUCAUUGACCAUGUGGUCCCUGAGCAUGGUGCCAGCCUCCUGGGGGCCUACGACCAGUGGAAGGACAUAGCAGACAGGGGGUCCUGCUGUGAUUACUCCCUCCACAUGGACAUCACCCGCUGGCACGACGGACUCUUUGAAGAGAUGGAGCGUCUGGUGAAGGAUAAAGGAGUCAAUUCCUUCUUGAUCUUCAUGGCUUACAAGGACAAAUUCCAGAGCUCAGAUAGUCAGAUGUAUGAGAUUUUUGGUAUCAUUAGAGACCUGGGUGCCAUCGCUCAGGUUCACGCUGAGAACGGAGACAUCAUUGACGAGGAGCAGAAGCGACUACUGGAGCUGGGGAUCACUGGGCCUGAGGGACAUGUGCUGUGUCACCCAGAGGAGGUGGAGACAGAGGCAGUGUACCGGGCCAUCACCAUCGCCAAGCAGGCCAACUGUCCUCUCUACAUCACCAAGGUGAUGAGCAAGUCGGCUGCUGAUGUCAUUGCCAAGGCCAGGAAGAAGGGCAUGGUGGUUUAUGGCGAGCCAAUCACAGCCAGCCUUGGGACAGACGGAUCACACUAUUGGAGUAAGAACUGGGCUAAGGCUGCAGCGUUCGUCAUGUCCCCACCCCUCAACCCAGACCCCAGCACCCCUGACUACCUCAACUCCCUGCUUUCCUGUGGAGACCUUCAAGUGACGGCCAGUGGCCACAGCACCUUCUCGACGGCCCAGAAAGCUGUUGGGAAAGAUAACUUCACCCUCAUCCCCGAGGGAACUAACGGCAUCGAGGAGAGGCUCGCCAUCGUCUGGGAGAAGGCUGUGGCGACAGGCAAGAUGGAUGAGAAUGAGUUUGUUGCGGUGACGAGCACCAACGCUGCCAAGCUGUUCAACCUGUAUCCUCGUAAAGGAAGGAUCGCCGUGGGGUCAGACGCAGACAUCGUGAUCUGGAACCCCAAGGAGACCAAGACCAUCUCAGCCGCGACCCACGCACUGACAGUGGAGAUUAACAUAUUUGAGGGCAUGGAGGUGCGGGGAGCCCCGGUGGUAGUGAUCAGCCAGGGGAAGAUCGUCCUGGAGGGGGGCAAGCUGAACGUCACAGAGGGCUCUGGACGCUUCGUACCCAGGAAAGCUUACCCUGACUACAUCUACAAGAGGAUCAAAGCACGCAGCAAGAUGGCUGAUGCCCGUGGCGUCCCCCGAGGGAACUAUGAUGGACCGGUCCAUGAUGUCAUCAGCAUGACUAAGUCAGUGCCGGCCACUCCCUCCAGCAGGGGGCCCCAGUGCCCAGGGAAGGGCCCCCUCGGCCCCACCAGGGACCUGCACCGGUCUAGUUUCACUCUAUCCGGUAUGGGAACUCAGAUUGACGACCACAUCCCCCGACGCUCAGCACAGAGGAUCGUGGCGCCACCCGGUGGCCGCUCCAAUAUCACCACCCUGUCGUGAACCCGGGAGCUCCUUGCUCCUCUCGCGUCUGCUGUAGGGAGAACGAUACAUCAACUACUGUAGCAACAACCAACUACCAUCAAUCAAAACAAAUCUCACCUGGCUUCCAGAACUCAACUCAACAGUGAAACCUGAACAUGCAAUCUUCUUCUCAGAUACAACUGUAAAACAGUAUACAGCGUAGAACUACAAUUACCACUAGUAGUUACCAGUCAUUCUGGUCUAUGGUAGACACACCAACUUAGUACUUUGAUCUGUUAUCCCUUAUCAAUAUUGUGAUCAAUUCAUCUCAUCACCCAUCAAUAGUCAACUGUCCCCUGUCAGAUCUCCGUAGCAUGCACCUUAAACAGUCUCUGUCUCCUCAGUCAGAUAACUUUCUCUCUCUCUCAUCUCCUCGACUUCACUAUAGCUUUACUAACAUGGUGAUAAAUGAGUCGUAGACGAAAGUAGUUUUCUUUAGAACACAGAAUGCCUCUCAGCUCUCUCUCGUCGUAGUGAUGCCUGCUUCUGCUUUCGCUUCAGCGCUUCUAAGAAACUCUGUAGUUGAGUUCCACAUGGAACUCUAUUCCCUAGAUAGCGCACUACUUUUGUCCUCUAGUGCACUAUCUAGGGAAUAGAGUGCCAUUUCAGACUAACGCGAACUUGUUGUCUCUCUCUCUGCUGUUAUUUAGUCAUGGCUGUAGGCUAUUUAGGCUUCAUCUUACCGUCUCUUACUGUUAUGCAUUGCUCUUCCUCUUCAUCGUUACUCAUUACAAAUACAACAAGGAAAAUAAGUGUGUAUUACUGUUACUGUGAACAGACUGUAGGGACAGUCCUCUAGUCACACUUGUCUUACUAUUAUUAUGAUGAUUUAUCCCGAUGCAGGUGCGCUAACUUUGCUUCCAUGGUAUAUUCAGUCAGUCAGAAAAAUAACUUCACCAAUCCUUCUAGUCAGUCAGUCAGAAUAGGAACUUCACCAAUCCUUCUAGUCAGUCAGUCAGAAUAGGAACUUCACCAAUCCUUCUAUUCAGUCAGUCAGAAUAGGAACUUCACCAAUCCUUCUAGUCAGUCAGUCAGAAUAGGAACUUCACCAAUCCUUCUAGUCAGUCAGUCAGAAUAGGAACUUCACCAAUCCUUCUAUUCAGUCAGUCAGAAUAGGAACUUCACCAAUCCUUCUAGUCAGUCAGUCAGAAUAAGAACUUCACCAAUCCUUCUAGUCAGUCAGUCAGUCAGAAUGAGAACUUCACCAAUCCUUCUAUUCAGUCAGUCAGAAUAGGAACUUCACCAAUCCUUCUAUUCAGUCAGUCAGAAUAGGAACUUCACCAAUCCUUCUAGUCAGUCAGUCAGUCAGUCAGAAUAAGAACUUCACCAAUCCUUCUAUUCAGUCAGUCAGAAUAGGAACUUCACCAAUCCUUCUAUUCAGUCAGUCAGAAUAGGAACUUCACCAAUCCUUCUAUUCAGUCAGUCAGAAUAGGAACUUCACCAAUCCUUCUAGUCAGUCAGUCAGUCAGUCAGAAUAAGAACUUCACCAAUCCUUCUAUUCAGUCAGUCAGAAUAGGAACUUCACCAAUCCUUCUAUUCAGUCAGUCAGAAUAAGAAUUUCACCAAUCCUUCUAUUCAGUCAGUCAGAAUAAGAACUUCACCAAUCCUUCUAUUCAGUCAGUCAGAAUAAGAAUUUCACCAAUCCUUCUAUUCAGUCAGUCAGAAUAGGAACUUCACCAAUCCUUCUAUUCAGUCAGUCAGAAUAGGAACUUCACCAAUCCUUCUAGUCAGUCAGUCAGUCAGAAUAAGAACUUCACCAAUCCUUCUAUUCAGUCAGUCAGAAUAGGAACUUCACCAAUCCUUCUAGUCAGUCAGUCAGAAUAGGAACUUCACCAAUCCUUCUAUUCAGUCAGUCAGAAUAGGAACUUCACCAAUCCUUCUAUUCAGUCAGUCAGAAUAGGAACUUCACCAAUCCUUCUAGUCAGUCAGUCAGAAUAGGAACUUCACCAAUCCUUCUAGUCAGUCAGUCAGAAUAGGAACUUCACCAAUCCUUCUAUUCAGUCAGAAUAGGAACUUCACCAAUCCUUCUAUUCAGUCAGAAUAAGAACUUCACCAAUCCUUCUAUUCAGUCAGUCAGAAUAGGAACUUCACCAAUCCUUCUAUUCAGUCAGUCAGAAUAGGAACUUCACCAAUCCUUCUAUUCAGUCAGUCAGAAUAGGAACUUCACCAAUCCUUCUAUUCAGUCAGUCAGAAUAGGAACUUCACCAAUCCUUCUAGUCAGUCAGUCAGUCAGAAUAGGAACUUCACCAAUCCUUCUAUUCAGUCAGUCAGAAUAAGAACUUCACCAAUCCUUCUAUUCAGUCAGUCAGAAUAGGAACUUCACCAAUCCUUCUAUUCAGUCAGAAUAAGAACUUCACCAAUCCUUCUAUUCAGUCAGAAUAAGAACUUCACCAAUCCUUCUAUUCAGUCAGAAUAAGAACUUCACCAAUCCUUCUAUUCAGUCAGAAUAAGAACUUCACCAAUCCUUCUAUUCAGUCAGUCAGAAUAGGAACUUCACCAAUCCUUCUAUUCAGUCAGUCAGAAUAGGAACUUCACCAAUCCUUCUAGUCAGUCAGUCAGUCAGAAUAGGAACUUCACCAAUCCUUCUAGUCAGUCAGUCAGAAUAGGAACUUCACCAAUCCUUCUAUUCAGUCAGUCAGAAUAAGAACUUCACCAAUCCUUCUAUUCAGUCAGUCAGAAUAGGAACUUCACCAAUCCUUCUAUUCAGUCAGUCAGAAUAGGAACUUCACCAAUCCUUCUAUUCAGUCAGUCAGAAUAGGAACUUCACCAAUCCUUCUAUUCAGUCAGUCAGAAUAGGAACUUCACCAAUCCUUCUAUUCAGUCAGUCAGAAUAGGAACUUCACCAAUCCUUCUAUUCAGUCAGUCAGGAUAAGAACUUAUUUAAUCCUUCAUGUCUAUAUAGGAGUUACAGGGAAGCCCAUAUCAUCUGUACACUGGUUCUGUGUUUUUGUCUUUAUAGCACAGCCAUGUUCCACUGUCAUUGUGUAACUUUUAUAUUUUUGUAUAUAAAGACGAAACAUCUGGUGCUUUGAAACCCUAGCCUGGUUAAGCCAUACUGAAUGCUCCACUGACUUGGUGAAACAGAGCAUAGCAGUCAGGAUUCCAGGCUAUUGAACACCCACGUUAUAGCCAAGAUACACAGGGAUACGUGGAGCUGUGAACAAUAAACAGUGGUUUUAAAAGUCUUUAGCUUUUUUAAAACCUGACUCUUAUUUGUAAUGAUUUUAUUUAAUUUUCUACCAUUUCCUUUCUCUUUUGUAGACUUCACGUUUGUACUUUUACAUGGUCCGGUUGAGAAAGCGGACAUUUUGUUUUUUGUCGCCCAAAUAGACCACCAACAGUAAGGUUGUUCUUGUUCAACAGUGCUGUAACUCGGUAUACUCAGUCAGGCUUUGGAAAGGUCGUUUACGUUCGUUAAGUGGUCACAUAAAAAAGGGCAAAUGAAGUGGUCAAUUAAGUCUUUUUCUACUGUUUCUGUGUCCAAUGGAAAUAUGAUUUGUGUCCCGAAAUCUAAUGUACGCAUGUCCUGAAUAAAGUUUGAGGGGGAAUAAGUGUAA